UCUAAAACGUAGAACUUAACCUAACCUAGUAACCUAUCUUUUUUAAAAGUAAACAUGUUGAAGUCUUUAUCUCUCGUCUUGUAACACCGAAUUUACUCUACGUUAAAUUAUUUCAAAAUUCCGUUGCAUUGCAUGUGUCAAUUAUGAAACCUAGGAAGAUUGUGGGUCCUGUUUUUCGAAGAUCUUGCUCAUGUAUUUCUGAGUGUAGAUCUAACAAUUCCAAUGAACAUUUUCGAUAUAUCAUUGAAAAAUGUAGUGAAACUACUGAGUGUUGUCUUCAGCAGGAAUCCGUCAAAAGACUUUCAGAGUACUUAAAAUCUGCACUGGAAAAUGAAGAGAAAAGUAAAGCAAGAAAAUUGCUUGCUCAUAUGUAUUUAUCUUGCACUGCAAAGCAUCCCAUUAAAAAGUCAGUAACACGUAUUUUGCUACCUUAUGAAGAUAAUCACGAAUUAUGUGAAGAAUUCUCUAGGUCUAUGAAGUGUAUGAUACAAGUACACAUAAAGAACGAGGAUGUAGAACGGGAAGAUACGGAUCAUUUUAUCAACUCAUUAUAUACAAGUUUUGACAUAUUAGCUGCUAGAAUUGCAAUUUUGGAAAAUGUGCAUGAAUUAUUUAGUCGCUCUUGUACGUUUCUGAAUGAAUUAGUGGAGAACUUGUGGGAACGCUCUAAGGAUAUUUUAAGUUCGCAGUUGUUACACACUUACCUGUAUAAUACCACAAAAUUUCUUCUGUGUCUUUCACAAAAUUAUAACACCUCAAACAUUAGUCUGAAUGAUAAAAUAAGUUUAAUCAAAAGUUUGUAUGAACUAAUUCUUCAUAUAAAUGUGGCAUAUGAUGUGAAAUGUAACAGUGGUCACAUGAUGGUGAUGUUAUGCAGUACAACACCUGAAAUGUUUCCUGAUGGUGGUUGGUUUAAAGAGCAUCCUUAUCUUGAACUGUUAAAAGAGACUGGAAGCUCAGACUUUUUUCGUCAUCUGGGAAUGAGAGCUGUAGGUGACGCCUCAAUGAAGGAGCUCUUAAAUGUGUGUCUGUAUAUAGGAAUUUCUAUUGUUGCUCCAUCUGACGUAUUAUACAAAGGUAGAAUUGGACAUGAAAUCAUAUUGUGCUUCAUGUUACAAAAGUUGAUUCGUUCAGCUACAAGUUCUGGUAUUAAAACGAAUAUCUCCCGAAUGAUGGGCAUUUCUAAAGCAAUCACCACGCUUUCUUCACAUCUUUCUUACUUAGAAGUUGAUGAACUAUCCAAUAUCUACAGACAGUGUUUAGAUUACAUAAACGUUUACAUUGAUGAUGUUCCUGAUGUUGUCAAAAAUAAUACUCAAGCAAUGUUCAAAUCUCUGAUAAAAGUUACUCUCAAAGCUAAAGCUCAAGGAUGCUCAGAUUAUUUUAAUACACUAUUCAAAUGGGUGAACGAUCUUGGGGAGUGCUCUAAUUUUUAUGCCAUUAUUAUGGUUUUAUGUUCCGAAGUUGGUUGCAGCGUUGUGCUGCAACAACAUAGUAACCUACCUGUGCAGAUGCUUGAUGAUGUUAUAUGUUCCGGAAAAGCAGCAAAUGUAGUGACUAGUUAUGAAAGGUUAAUGAAAAUACAUUGGAAGGAAGUUCAAUCUUAUGAGCAAUGGUUACAAGCGUGGGUAGAAGAAAUUGUAGCACGUUUAGCAAAUUCUGAUGAACCACAGCAGAUAUUUCAAGAACUGUUCAUAGCAGCUUUCAAAAUUGAUUCCAAAGCAAUAACUUCAUUUUAUUAAAAAUGCCAAACUUAAUAACUACAAACCAGUGGGCUGUGAACUACACAAAAGGAAAUUGACGAAAGACCUUUUACGGUUUUAUCUAACAACUCGCAUGAUUUUUACAUGCAAACAAUAUAACAAACGCAGACUAGAGGAUGCGGAUAAAAGAAAAAAAAUUAAAGAUUCGAUAAAGAAAUUUAAAAUUGUAUAAAUAAAUUUGAGCGGCAUAGCUGUUAUUUUAUUUCAAUGACAAUCUUGCACCCAUCUGAACGCUUUGUUGCCUACA